AUGCGCAUUCUUCGAGGCCUCGCGGCGGCCGUCGCUUCAUGCCUGUACCUGACGUCCACCGUCGAUGCACACUCCAAAUCGAGAAACCCUCUAAACUACCUAUCGCUAAUAGAGAACCCUCGUUUGCACACACCUUCGCAGAGGGUACAUUGUACCUCAAGCUUCGAUCUUACAUUUGACCUCCACAAAAACACAGAACACAUUCGGCUCAGUCUUGAGCCAAAUCACGAUAUCCUCCAUCACGAUUCGUACAUCGAGUUCGUGGACAAAGAUGGCAAUGUCAGACAUGCAGAGAAGAUGCAACGGGAGGACCACAAAGUCUACCAGGGUCAAGCAUUCCUUGUCGAUGAACACGGCGUCAAUCAACAUGUCGGCUGGGCCCGAAUUACAGUGAGGAGAGACGGGGUCAAGCCUCUUUUUGAGGGUGCCUUUACCGUCAUGGGCAAUCACCAUCAUGUCCAGCUAAAGUCGAAUUAUAUGGCCACCAAGCACGAAUUGGAUCCCGAGCUGGAAGAAGAUGACGAUGAAUACAUGGCCGUCUGGAGGGAUUCCGACGUUGGCCGACAGACUCAUAUCGAGCUUAAACGCAACGCCGGCUCGACUUGUGCAUCCGACAAGCUGGAGUUCAAUACUCAUCCCGACCAUCCCAUCUACCGCGAUUUGAUGUUGAAACGAGACGAUGGCUUCUGGGGCGACGUGGGCACUAUGGCCAUUAACAACAUGUUCGAAAAGCGCCAGAACAUUGACGGUGGCGGUAUCGGUUCGGGUAAUUCAGCUGGUGUCAAUUUGGCUUCCACCAUCGGCAGCACGGCCGGCUGUCCCACCACCCGCAAAGUCGCUCUUGUUGGCGUUGCCAGCGACUGCACGUACACGGCGAGUUUUAAUUCCACCGAUAGCUUGCGGCAGGACGUCAUCGCUGUUGUCAACACCGCUUCCGAGCUUUACCAGUCCACAUUCAACAUCACCCUUGGCCUCCGCAACCUGACUGUCUCUGACGCUGAGUGUCCCGGAACGGCAAGUACGCAGACGCCAUGGAAUGUAGGGUGCUCCAGCAGCACAGAUAUCACGCAGAGACUGAACUUGUUCUCCGCAUGGCGUGGACAACGUGGCGACGACAAUGCGUACUGGUCCCUCUUUACGACUUGUAACACAGGGGCCGAAGUCGGCCUCGCGUGGCUCGGGCAGUUGUGCAAUCACGGGGCUACUUCUCAGACAGAUACGGGCGGCAAUACUCAGAGCGUGACUGGAGCCAAUGUCAUUGCGAAGACUUCAACCUUGUGGCAAGUCUUUGCCCACGAGAGUGGCCACACAUUCGGUGCCGUCCACGAUUGCGAUUCCAGCACCUGCACUGACUCGAAUGUCGUGAACUCGGGACAAUGUUGCCCCCUGUCAUCCUCUACUUGUGACGCCAGCGCGCAAUACAUGAUGAACCCAUAUUCUUCUCCCGGCAUCACCAGAUUCUCGCCUUGCUCAGUCGGCAACAUCUGCUCAGCUCUGGGACGUAACUCGGUCCAAUCGUCGUGUCUCACUGACAACAAGGGUGUGGUGACGAUCAGUGGGAAUCAGUGCGGUAAUGGCAUCGUCGAAGAGGGCGAAGAUUGCGAUUGUGGUGGUGAGGAGUCCUGCGCAGGAAAUGCAUGCUGCAACCCUACCACCUGCAAAUUCAACACAGGUGCAGUCUGCGACCCAAGCAACGAAGGAUGCUGUACGCCGCAGUGUCAAUUUGCUUCGACUGGAACAGUGUGCCGUGCCAGCACAGGUCAAUGCGAUCCUGAAGAAACAUGCUCGGGCACCAAUGGAACCUGCCCGACCGACACCACCGCACCCGAUGGAACGGACUGCGGCAGCGGACUUCAGUGUGCCAGUGGACAAUGCACAAGCCGAGACUUGCAAUGCAAGACUCUCAUGGGAAGUUAUACCAGCGACAACGACACCUAUGCCUGCAACAGUCAGACUUGUAGCCUGAGCUGCGCCAGUCCGGACUUUGGAUCGAACGUCUGCUACAGUAUGCAACAAAAUUUCCUGGACGGCACACCUUGUGGUGGUGGUGGACGCUGUGACAAUGGCGUGUGUAGGGGAAGCUCGAUCGGUGGUGAAGUGAAGUCAUGGAUUGAUGACCACAAGACGUUGGUGAUCGCCUUGGCUAGCGCAUUAGGCGGUCUUCUACUCCUUGCUGUCCUUGGCUGCGUCGUUCGAGCGUGCAGGCGACCGAGGGGAAAGCGAAUGGAAGCCGUCGUGCCUGGCAGUCACAGGUAUAGAAGCGGCGGUCACAGCAACGCCGCGCCUGGAUGGGAUGGACCGCAAGUUCCAGACCAGAUGAGAGACCGUGGAUAUGGAGGUGGAUGGCAACCACCCCAGGGGCAAGCGAUGUCGCCGCAAGGCUGGUAUCCUCCCCAGCCGCCGCCUGUUUAUGGCGCGGGCGGCUAUGGUGGCUACCCCCAGAAUGGGCACACUGUUAGGUAUGCCUAA